GAGAAGGAUGCCGAGAGUGACCUACUGCGGACAUGGCGGCGCGCUUGGUGGGCGCAUGGCUUCCGGCCUGUCAUUCUCUCGGCCUCCGAGGCUAUCGUCAACCCGAAAUAUAACGAGCUACAGAGGUUGGAUGUCGACCCAGACCUGAAGGCCGAUUUAAUGAGAUGGUUUGCUUGGGAGUCAAUGGGUGCAGGCCUGUUGGCGAAUUAUACCCUGUUCCCAAUGGCCGCCGGCGAUGACUCGCUACUGAACUACCUGCGAAAGGGCGACUAUCCCACCCUAACCAGGUGGAAAGGCCUCGAUAGCGGACUUUUGGCUGGCAAUGAUGUGGAAGUCAACCAAAUUUUGCGAGCGUUGUUGGAUUCUUCCAGUUUAACGACUGCCAAGAGCGUCAUCGAGAUUGUAGGAAAGGAGGCAUUCGACAUUGACAAGACCCCGACCUCACUGGCAUACUACACACCCGCGGCCAUCAAGAAGGGAUAUCCUGAGGUGGCAGAGAAUUUCGCAAAAAGCAGAGCGGAGGGCCUUGCCUCUCUCCACAAACUCGUCAAUGCCCAUCUGCACAUGGUUUGGCAGAGCCGUUUCCCUGACGGCAUCGAAGUGCUGCAACCGUUGCCUAACCAUACCACAUUCAUGGUUGAACCCGCCUUCAAGCUGGCCAAUGCCCUCGGCCACUGUCCCCAGAACCCCGUUCUAUUCUCGUGCCCUCCCAAUAUUUACAGAUGCAAGCACUGCACUGCUGGCUCGGCCUCGAUGAAGAUCAGCACUCCUUCCCAGUACCGGAACAGCAGUUGCACGUUCUCUCUCGGAACAGUGCCUCAUCCCUGGACCGUAGCCUCUCUUGACCACCUCCAGGACAGCAUUGACGUCUCCUGGAUAGUUCGCAAGUCUUCCCGUGACCCAUGGUUAGAGGCUCUGACUCGAGAACUAUUGGGCUCCCGUGUCUCCGGAUAUCUCCGCGUCAUGCGAUUUAAGCAGGCUGUUGUCGAUGAGUAUGCCUCCGCCAGUGCGCUUUGGAUGACUGCCGAGGCGGAAAUGUCCAUGGAUCUGGAUUGGCACUUUGGAUUCGCCAUCCCACAUCCUGACAAUAAGAACGCUGUGGAAGGCCCAAAAGAGGCGAACCCUAAGGAAGAGAAGCCUAUGGAAAAGAAGCCCAAAGAGGAGACAGCAAAGGAUGCGUCAUACAACGUAAAGCGAGAAGCACUAGCUGUCAAGGCAGACGACAAGGCGGAUCGAGUCCCCGAGGAAUACGUGGAGCCGGUAGAAUCGUCAGCCCUCCUUACCCCCGAGGAGACAGAGGCCAAAGAAAAGUCUCUGCUCAAGCAGGCCAAAAGGAUCGUAAAUCUCAACCAGGUGACACGAGAGACGAAACUACGAUCAUCCCUCGAGGCGUGGAACUUGGCCGACACAGAAGCGUGGAAGUUCACGCGGGCCUACCUAGCGCGCCGCCUCAUGGAGCGUGCGGAAUGGGAGAAGGAGGAAGCCAAGUAUGUCGGCGGUGCUGGCUCAGACAAGGGUCGCAGUCGUUGGAGUCGCUGGCGAGACACGAAAGAGAAGCCCUCUUAAGCGGGCGAUAUCAAAAGGCUGUACGAUUAUGUGUUAUAAAGGGAAAACUUCCGCGGUGUUUGGGAUUUUUGUACAUGGGGCAAUGAUGGCUUUGUAAUGUUUUGGGUUGCAGUUGCAUGUGUUGUACGAUUAGCUAGAUUUAAUGAUGAGGAACUACUGGG